AUGUUCUUCUCUUCUUUCAUUUCUCUCGCGCUGGUCGCACCUUCCUUCGUUCACGCCCUCUCAAUCCCCCACCCGCGCUCUUUGGAGCCUGGCACACACGUCCCGCUCGCCCGCCGCGGUGUUAACCUGGCCGCGCGCUGGGAUGGAGACGCGGAUAUGAACGUCAUGUUCACCAUGGCCAACUGCACGCGCGUCAAGUACAACUACACCGAUCCGGCGGAUUGCUCGACGAUGCUGCCGAGCGGUUCUACACCGCAGCGGAGGCAGAAUCAGGGCAACGCGAAUCUCACCGACUUUGGUCAGGAUGUCAGCUACUUUGCCUCUGUAUCCGUAGGAACCCCCGCACAAACGUUCGACGUGGUCAUGGACACCGGCUCGUCCGACCUCUGGAUAGAGACCACAGAAUGCACAAACUGUCCGCAGGGCAACGCGCAACUCAACACCGGCCAAUCCUCCUCGAUCAGCACCUCAUCCAACAGCGUCUCCUUCUCGUACGGCCAAGGCCAGGCGCAGGGGACCAUGGCCACCGACACCGUCUCCCUCGCCGGCUUCACCAUCAGCUCGCAAACCUUCGGCGCCGUGACCCAGAUAUUCGACAACGUCGUGCCGAACACCGCGUCGGGCAUCAUGGGCCUCGCGUUCCAAUCCCUCGCGCGCACCGGCGCCACGCCGUUCUGGCAGGCGCUUCUCAACGGGAACCAGCUCUCGAACCCCGAGUUCUCGGUCUACCUCGCGCGCAACCAGCAGAGGGUCAGCUCGUCGUCGAGCGCGAAUGAUGGAGGGUCUAUCACGUUUGGCGGGAGGAACACUUCGUUGUUCCAAGGGGACGUCGAGUUUCAGAACUUCCCGAAUGGAGUCGGGAACGCGUUCUGGUACCAGAACGUCGCUUCUCUGACCGUGAACGGCAACUCGGUUGGCAUCAACUCUGGUCUGGCUGCCAUUGACACCGGGACGACCCUCCUGGGCGGCCCCUCCGACAGCGUGUCCGACUUUUGGGGCCAGGUCUCCGGCUCGCAGUCGAUUGGCCAGGGAAUGUACUCAUACCCCUGCAGCACCUCGCUGAACGUAACGAUCUCCUUCGGUGGUCGCUCGUAUCCCAUCAAUCCCAACGACCUCAACUUUGGCCGCAUCGGUAACGGCCAGUGCGUAGGUGCGAUCUUCUCCAUGGGUAGCUCGAGCGGUGGCUCGAAUCCGGCGUGGAUCGUUGGGGAUACGUUCCUGAAGAACGUGUAUUCCGUGUUCCGCGCAAACCCGGCCUCGGUCGGCUUUGCGGAGCUCUCGGAUGCCGCUGGUGGCUCUUCUGGGACACCCGGUUCUGGACCCGCGGCAAACCCGGGUACGAGCAGGAAUACGAACCAGGAUGCUAACGGGGCUCACUCUAUCUCGCCCUCGUCAAUCGCACUGAUGUUCUUGGGUCUGCUCGGCGUGUACUUUUCUUUGUAG